AUGGCUGUUCUAUCUUAUGAAUAAGAGUUCACGUCCUCUAUCCCUCCAGCUAGGCUUUUCAAGGCCUUUGUCCUUGAUGCUGACAACCUCUUCCCAAAGAUUGCUCCCAAUGCAGUUAAGUCUGUUGAAAUCAUUGAUGGAGAUGGAGGUGCUGGAACCAUCAAGAAGAUUACCUUUGGUGAAGGCAGCCACUUCAACUAUUCAAAGCAAAAAAUUGAAACAGUUGACAAGGACAACUUCGUCUACGCCUACAGUUUGAUUGAAGGAGAUGCUUUGAUUAACAAACUCAAGAAAAUCUCUUGUGAGAACAAGUUUAUAGCAGCUGAAGGAGGAUCCAUCAUCAAGAGUGUGAGCAAAUACCACACCAAAAGCGACAACCACGACAUCACUGAAGACAAAAUCAAGGCAGGGAAAGAAAAAGUUGCUCAUCUCUUCAAGGUUGUUGAGAAGUACCUCCAAGAGAAUCCUGAUGCCUACAACUAA